AUGGGUUCUUCUGUUGAGGACGAAGACGAGGAGUCUCUGUCUUCGUCUGUGCCCUCUGAGGGUUCAGCAGCACCAGCAGCAGCAGCAGCAGCAGGAGCAGCAGCAGCAGCAGGAGCAGCAGCAGGAGCAGCAGCAGGAGCAUCGGUGGUGGUGGCUGAGGCGGAGACACCGCCGUCUGGGGUAGAGGAGCUUGAGCCUGCUGUGUUUGGUGAUGCUCUCUUAUCUGCUGUUUAUCUAUGCUGGCAGGUGUAUGCAACAUUUGCUGUUGCUGCUGCUGGUGGUGCUGCUGUUGCUGCUCCUGCAUCCACUGGUCCAUCUCCUUCGGGGCCUUAUCCUAUAUCAUCUGCAGCAGCUGCAGCGGCUGCAGCAGGCAGCAGCAGCAGCAGCAGCAGCCGCAGCAGCAGCAGCAGCAGCAGCAGCAGCAGGGGCUUUGUCUCCUUUCCUUGGUGGCCAUUGGUCCCUCUGCGUGUAAAGAUAAACCCGCUAGCGUAUGCAGCAACUUUUGAGGUUUUGGGUGUUUUCUUUCGCAGCGCAUUGAAGGCAGCAGAGAGAGCAGCAGCAACAGCAGCAGCAGCAGCAGCAGAUGCAGCAAGAGCUGAUCCAGGUGGACGAUGGGAUAAAGCAAAUGGUGCUGCUGAUGCUGCUGCUGCAGCAGCAGCAGCAACUGCAGCAGGAGUUGCUGCGUUCCAGCUUCUAUGGCCCCCACACCCACGAGAGCUGCAUAGAGCUUUACUAUGGAGAUUUCAAUUCCUUAUAAACAACACAGAUUCUCUUCGUUUCCUCUUGCCGCUGCUGAGCCGCCCCCGGCUCCCCCGUCUCUGCUGCCCCAGCCCGCUGCCUACAGCGGAGCUCCCCCGCACCGCAGCAGCAGCAGCAGCAGCAGCAGCAGCAGGAGCAGCAGCAGGAGAAACAACGAAUGGAGAUGAUGAUGGUGGUGAUGAUGGAGCCCUGCUGCAGCACAGGCACAGCCGCUGUGUCUUCGGCCCCCUUGUGGCGGACCGCUCGCGGCCCCUUGACUCUGCAUGCACAUGGGGGCUCAUGAAGAGCUGCUGCAGCAGCAGCAGCAGCAUAAACACCACCACCACCACCACCAGCUGCAGCAGCAGCAGCAGCAGCAGCAGCAGCAGCAGCAUGGGUCCACCUGUGCCUGUACUGGAGCGGCUGGUGAGCCGUGUGCGAGAGUUUUUGCUUCCGUUUCACCACAACUGGGCGUUUGGUGCUUCAAUACUAUAUCAGAAGAUACAGCUGGAUAGGAGGAGAGGGGGGGAUGCAUGCAGCGCAGAGGAGCGUCUAUACACCCCGCCCUCUGUGGCUCAGCAGCUGGCUUGGGGGGCCGUUGCUGCCCCCAGGGACGUGCUGCUGCAGCGGCACUGGGGGGCCCUCGCUACCCUCCUAGCUCUACGCGGCCUGUACCCUGAGGCCCCCCAGCCUCAGGACCAGCGCACGUUCUGUCCGCGUGUGGGUACUGGUAGUCUGUCUCUGGGGCGUAGUUUGCCUGGUGGUGCUGCAGCAGCAGCAGCAGCAGCAGCUGCUGCUGCUGCUGCACCCGAAGAUAUCAAUGGGUCUGAUGAGGAUCUGUCUCUGCUGCCGGAGACAGAGUUUUCUUCUUCUCUCGUGAAUCAGCUGUCGCAGCAGCUGCUGCGUAUCCCUGCUGCAUCGCUGCUUGCUGCUGAACGUUGCUUCUCUGUAGAGCUGCGGGGGGAGGGGGCCCAGGACCUGGGGGGCCCCUAUGCUGAGGUGUUGAGCGCUGUAUGUGACGACCUGCUAGGCAGCAGGCUGCUGGUACCCUCCAGCAACGCCCGCGCGGGUGUGGGUGAGGGGCGAGACUUCACGGCCAUCAACCCAAUGCUGCGGGACCUGCUAGUCCCUGCUGCUGCAGCAGCUCCCUCUCCUCUUCCUUCUCUGGUUGCUGACGCUCCCCCGUUGCUGGUUGCUGCUCCUGAGCUGAGUUCUUCUGCAGCAGCAGGUGCAGCAGCAGCAGCAGCAGCAGCAGGAGCAGCAGGAGGAGGAGGAACUGCAGCAAGAGCAGCAAGGGAUGGACCAAUGGCGCUGGUGCUGCCGCACGUGCAGCAGCAGCAGAGUGCAUACAGUGCUCUGGUUGGGUCGUUGCUGGAUGGAGAUAAAGAGGAUGAGGAGAGCUUGCUGCUGCGGUUCUGGGGUGUAUACGGGCUUACAGUGUACGGGCGCAACGUGGCCCGCGCGCUGCAGGCCGUGGGUGUGCUGAUGGGCUGCGCGGUGACCUCUAUGAGCCCCCUCAAUAUGUCCUUCACUCCAGCUGUAUGGUCGAUGCUGCUGGGGCACCAGCCCCCACCAGACCUGCUGCUGCAGCAAGACUUGCUAGCAGCAAAGCAUCUACGCAGACUGCACGCACCCAUUGCUGCUGCUGCUGCUGCUGCUGCUGCUGCAGCAGCAGCAGCAGCGGGUGCAUCCGCUCCAGGAGACGAAAUGCUUCCAUCAGCCUCAGGCAACAGCCCUAACGAGACAGUCUCAUCAGCAGUUGCUGCUGCAGCAGCUGCAGCAGCUGCAGAUGCCGCAGCAAAGGCUGCUGCAGCAGCGGGUGAGGAUGAAGAAGAAGCCCGAGAAGAAGCUGCUGCUGCUGUGCAGGUGCUGCUGCAGCGCGGCGCCUGCAUCGAUGACUCUGUCGGUAGGCCGCUGCCCCUCGCCCCCUCUUGGGAUCGUCUCCGUCUGUCUCCUCAAGACCUCCCGGCUAUACUAGACAUAGAGCAGUAUGCGAAGCUAUCUGAGGGUUUCGAGGCUAUCUCCCUGAUGGCUUGGGGCCUUCACCAGGUCGUGCCGCUGCCCAUACUGCGGGCGCUGCUGCGGCCCGACAGUCUGCGGCUGCUUGUGUGCGGCGAGCCCGACAUAGACGUUGAGUUGCUGAAGCGUAACUGCAAGGUUGUCUGGGAUCGUUACAGCGAUAGAGAACGUCAGCUGGUGGGAUGGCUGUGGGAGGCUCUGCGGGGGUUCAGUGCGGCAGAGCGUCGGCUCUUCCUGCGGUUUGUUUCGGGGCGCUCGCGGGUGCCGCAGAGCUGGGUUCUCGGUGACCGCACGCCUGGGGCAACUCGGAUGUUUGAGCUGCAUAUCAUGAGAGACGAAGAGGCGCUGGAGGCGGUGGAUACAUCUUUCUCAGGCCCCCGACAGGUUUCUGGUCAACGUGUAGACGAUCGGCUACCAUCCGCAAGCACUUGUUUUUUUAUGAUGAAACUCCCAAAGUAUUCAUCUUUUGCUGUUUUACAAACGAAACUACGCACAGCUAUCACCUCUUGCUUCGAAAUAGAUCUUGAUGCUAUGCACCAUAACGCUAACGCCCCCCACCAUUGA